AAAAUAUAAACUGUAUUUUCUUACAGAUGAGGAUCAGGAUGAAAUUGAAAUUGUUAAUCAAUGUGAUUAUGAAAUUUUCAUGGCAAAACGUUCCAUACGACAACAUUUGCAAGUCGCUCCUGUUGGUAUGGAGACAGAGGAUCAACCCAAAAUUGAUGCAACUGUAACUGAUGGCGCCACUAAAGCACCCCUAAACUCGACUAAGUCAUCAUCGGCUUCGCAACAAGCUAAGGUACCACCAGCUGCUGGUUCUUAUGAUUUUGCUGUACACGAGCAUGUUGAAUGUGAUGCUUGUCUUAUGGCUCCUAUUAUGGGUUUCCGUUACAAGUGUAUCCAAUGUCCUAACUAUGAUUUAUGUCAAAAUUGCGAAUCGAAACAUAUACACUCGGAACAUAUGAUGGUACGCAUGCCCACUAACAAUUGCCCUAAUGUUAUUGAGGCCUAUGUUACCGGUCGUACCUCACGUAGACAUGGCAAACGUUCGAAAACUUCAUGUCCAUUUGUUAAAAAUGGUAUAUCAGUUGUAUUAGAUGAUGAAGGAACUGAAACACCAAAUGGCGCUAGCGCUGAAGAUAAUGAAAAAUCCUCAGCCUCACCUAAUGGUAAUGGCAAAGAACAACGUCAUCAUGGUCGUAAACAUCAUCGUCGUCAUCAUCGUAAUAAUUUCUUUUCACAUUUAUAUGAAAUGAUGCAUGAUUUGGCUGAGGGUGGUGGUGCUGCUGCAGCAGCUCAUGCCAUGGGUGAAUCGCAGACAUCUACUAAGUCUACAUCUUCUACAACAACAGGUCCACAAACGACCUCUACCACUACUACUACUACAUCAUCGAAUACUGCAACUAAUGUUCCCAUUUUUACUCCUCAAGAAAAUCCUAUUGCAGCCGCCGCUGCUGCUGCCGCACAUUUGGCAGCUCAACAAGCUCAUGAAACUGCUAUUAAAGCAGCUGAAAUUGCGGCUAAAGUUGCUCAUGAAUCUGCUGCACAAGCAGCCAAAAAUAUUACUGAAAAUAUGGCAGCUGCAGGUCAAACAGCCAGUGCUGCUGCUGCCACAAUGACUGCAACUCCUUCAGCAUCAGCAGAGGGUGGUGAGAAAGCCAAGGAAACAACUAAAGAAAAGGUUGAUGCCACUACAUCAUCGAACGAUGCUGAAGCACAACCCAAUGUGCCAGUACAUGAAAACUGGUAUACAAAUUUAAAUAACUUUAGCGAUAUGUUUGCUAAAUGUUUAGAUCCCAUGGAUAAUAUUGAUGGUGAUAAUCAGAUUUAUCCAAAUUUACGCAAGAACUCUACGACAUCAUCAACAAAAUCUUCAGUCUCCUCAAACCUUAAUAGUUUGGGUAGUGACAAGAAGAACGCAAGUGAAAAAUUCAUCGAAAAGGAACAGCAGCAACAAGCUAAGGAUACGAACAAACAAACCGAAAGUGAUGUUUCAUCACAUGUGGAAAUUGAUGAUUUGGGCAGUGAUAGUGAAAAUGAUAGUGUUUCUGAGUCUUUUAUUAAGUUGGAUGCACCCAAAGAAACCAAUGUCGCCACAAUACCAUCUAAUUCUCCUUCUGAUAAAACAACUUCUGCAGCUAACUCAGCUCAGACUACACCACCACAAUCGUUGGAUAAAUCAAAGGUUAUGGAUUUUGCUCAAUUAAGUGCUGACUUAAAAGCCCAUAUUGCUCAAGAAGCAGCCAAGGAAUCGGAAACCCCUAAGGAAACUGCAAAUACUACAGAUUCAGCUGUUAAUACAAAUACUAUAACUUCUACUACUACUGCUAGCGAACCAGUAGUUACUACAACUACUUCCACUUCUACAACCGCUGCAACAAUACCGCUACACCAAUAAACCCGAGGAAAAGCG